GCGGCGGCCGGGGCCAUGGCCGAGGGCGGCGGGGGCGCGCGGAGGAGGGCUCCGGCGCUGCUGGAGGCAGCCCGCGCACGGUACGAGAGCCUGCACAUCUCAGACGACGUGUUCGGCGAGUCGGGCCCGGACAGCGGCGGGAACCCCUUCUACAGCACCUCUGCAGCGUCGCGCUCCUCCUCGGCCGCCUCCUCGGACGAUGAGCGCGAGCGUCCCGCUCCUCCAGGGACCGCCCCGCCACCCCAAGCCGUGGAUCCUUUGGAGCUGGAGGAGGAUGAGACCGGUGGGGGCUGGAGCGCCGCGCUGCGGGAUCGCCCGCCCCCGCACUUCGAGGACACCGGUGGUCCUACCAGAAAGAUGCCUCCCAGCGCUAGUGCAGUGGACUUCUUCCAGCUUUUUGUUCCAGACAACGUGCUCAAGAACAUGGUAGUACAGACCAACAUGUAUGCCAGGAAGUUCCAGGAACGCUUUGGCAGUGAUGGCGCCUGGGUGGAGGUGACAUUGGCCGAGAUGAAGGCCUUCCUGGGCUAUGUGAUCUCUACCAGUGUCUCACACUGUGAGUCAGUACUCAGCAUUUGGAGUGGAGGCUUCUAUAGCAACCGGAGCCUCGCCCUCGUCAUGAGCCAGGCCCGCUUCGAGAAGAUUCUCAAGUACUUCCAUGUUGUGGCCUUCCGGUCCAGCCAGACCACGCAUGGGCUCUACAAGGUCCAGCCCUUCCUUGACUCCCUGCAGAGUGGCUUCGAUGCUGCCUUCAGGCCAUCUCAGACCCAGGUGCUACAUGAACCCCUGAUUGAUGAGGACCCUGUGUUUAUCGCCACAUGCACGGAGCGUGAGCUGCGGAAGAGGAAAAAGCGGAAAUUUAGCCUGUGGGUCCGCCAGUGCUCUUCUACUGGCUUCAUCAUCCAGAUCUAUGUCCACCUGAAGGAAGGCGGUGGCCCAGAUGGCCUGGACGCCCUGAAGAACAAACCACAGCUCCACAGCAUGGUUGCCCGGAGUCUGUGCCGGAACGCGGCUGGAAAGAAUUAUAUCAUCUUCACAGGGCCCAGCAUCACCAGCCUCACACUGUUUGAAGAAUUUGAGAAGCAAGGUAUCUACUGCUGUGGCUUACUGAGCUCUAGGAAAAGUGACUGCACAGGCCUCCCUCCAUCCAUGCUGACCAACCCUGCUACCCCGCUUGCCCGGGGCCAGCACCAGAUCAGGACAAAGGGGAACAUGUCUCUGAUCUGCUGGUACAACAAGGGGCAUUUCCGCUUCCUGACCAACGCCUACUCCCCUGUGCAGCAAGGUGUCAUCAUCAAGAGGAGGAGUGGGGAAAUCCCCUGCCCGCUGGCUGUGGAGGCCUUCGCUGCUCAUCUCAGCUAUAUCUGUAGAUAUGAUGACAAGUAUAGCAAGUACUUCAUCUCUCACAAGCCAAACAAGACGUGGCAGCAGGUGUUCUGGUUUGCCAUCAGCAUCGCUGUCAACAACGCCUACAUCCUGUACAAAAUGUCAGACGCCUACCACGUGAAGAGGUACAGCCGGGCACAGUUUGGAGAGAGGCUCGUCAGGGAGCUGCUGGGCCUAGAGGAUGUGUCACCAGCCCACUGAGACUGUGCUGGCCCAGGGGUGGCAGGGACAAGGAGGGAGCCUGUCACCUGCCUGCUUAUUGGAGGGCCACAUGUGGCCAGAGGGUCUGCUUUCAGCACCCCCUCCAAAAGAGGGGGCUCCCCAGAGCCUGAUGCGGGUGCCUGGAGAGGCUGUGACCUCAGAAGGUACCAGCAAUAGGACCGGUGGACCAUGCUCUGCUUCCCAGAGCUUGAGAGAUUACGAUGGGCUCAAGUUCAGACCAGGCAAGCUUGCAAACUGGAUCUGUCAGUGCCACCACUCAGCACCUAGGGAUGUGUGUGAUCGCCGUAGAUGGCCCCGUUGAAAGAAGAGAUGCAAUGUGGUGCCAUUAAAACCCAGGGUCAAUGAGACAGGAGCGCUUGCAGCUUGCUGGCUACAAACAGGGUGUUCCCGCUGUGUCCUCCACGGGGCUGCUGGAGGGCAGGGCUGAGAGGGAGCCAGCAGGUUCACAGUGAAGAGCGAUGCUGUUUUUUUAUUUUUCAAUAUAUCUUCAGGUUAUUUUCCUACUGUUGCUACUGUAACAAGAUGUGUCCCCUCCUCUCCCACGCCACACACCCUCACAGUUUCCUGCAUGAUCACAGUUCUGUGUCUGGCCUGUGACAGUGUAGGAAGGGCCAGAUGUGGCUACACCUACCCGCCAAGGCCUGGGGAGCUGCGCACCUCGUCACCAUGUCAUUAUUGGCAGAAUUACUUGUUUUGAGACAUAUGUAGCAUUGUGAAAACAAAAUCCCCCAUCCUUUCUCCAUGUGUGGUGGUCCCCCAGAAAGGUACAGCUGGACUGGGAGGCCCUGGCUAGGGGACCACCUGGUGGCGUGACCCGGGGUUGGCGACGUCCCACAGCAGGGGCAGGCAGGAAGGCGUGUGUAGCCCAUAGACCCAGGCCCUUCCUGCCAGAGGCCGACACAUCCCAUGGGGCCUCAGCCCCAAGGUGAACCCAGUGUCCCCACAGAUGGGAGACAAGUGACUUCUGCACCUGUCACCUGACCUCCACAGCCACCUAAUUCCUUCGGGUGCACCAUGUCCUCGGUGGGGGCUUUGGGACACGCUUCCUCAUCCGUCCCGUGAGCUGAGGUGGAGCCGGCAGCACCCUCCACACAUUGUCACUUCUGUGUCCUCUCUCUCCACGACUGCCCUCACUUGCGGUGGGGCCUGCGAUGCCACGGAUCGUGGCCCCGAUUUCAGAUUAUGUUUAAGAUGACCUUUGCUGUACCCUUAAUUGGAUUGAAAGCACUUUUACCACAUGGAGAAAUAUAUUUUUAAUUUGUGAUGUUUUUCUACAAGGUCCACUUUUUCUGAGUUCAGGUGUUUCCAACACUUAGGGAGACUAACGAAGGCCAAUGACUUUUUCUUUUCUGUCCAAACAAGAAAAAUAAAAAUAAAAGUCUAUUUAGAUGUUG